CGAUGUCAAGAAUCGUUGGCAGAGUUGCAGGGACCAAUUCUGCAAGAAAAAGCUUCAACAUACGAGGAGUGGGUCUGGGGCCAGCAAGAAAAGGCCAUAUAUGUUCCGGAACUAACUGAUGUUCAUCCGUGAGGUCAUGGAGCUGCGUCCGACAGAGGACAACCUACCGGAAGAAGAGGAAGAGUCUGCACCGCAGAUGUCCAGUGCUUGUGAGGAAGAGACUCCCUCUGGUCCAUCACAGGUGGACACAGCACCAGGACCAAGCACUGCACCAUCCAGACCACCACCUGUUUCUGGAGCAGAUUCCCCCCCAGCCCUUUGUCUCUACCCACCAAGCCCAGACGACGGGCAACCACUCCUGCCGAUACAAAUGUAAAUAUACAGGUUAUGGAUUAUUUAGCUAGAGCCCGGCAUGAGGAUGAAUUUGAUCAUUAUGUGCGUAGUAUGUCCUCAUAUUUGCGCAGGCUGCCUCCAGAACGAAUUUUGCGCACCAAAUUAGCUCUAAAUAUCAUUUUGGAUGCAGCCACUCCCCCCAAUGACCCAAAUGUCAUUUUUGAGGGCCUUGAAAAUUGGCGGCUCCAUGGGAACUUGUUUGGCCCACAACCAAUGCCAGUUUCCCAGCACUCACAGCCUUCACUGCCGACUCCUCCACAAAGACUCCUCCACAAAUGCAACCUCCAAGGGGACAUUAUGGGCCACCUACUCGCCCAUAUGGGCAACAUUAUAAUGUUGAGUCGGCAUAUGGGCAGUCUGCACCCAUCUCUUCUCAGCCUGGCUCAUCGCAGUACUUUGGCCCCCCUUCACAACCCCCCUACCCUAGGCCACAGUGCUUAAAUAACUUAAAGUGAGAGUACAGAUACUGAA